AUGGAGCUGAAGCAGACACCCCCACCUUCCUCAUCACCCCCACCGACCACCGAGGGAGAUGACCCGUGCGUGAUAGAGGUCUCUGACAUGGCCAUGGACUGUGUCACUCUGCUCAUCGGGCUCUGUGGGCUGGUGGGCAACGGGGCUGUCCUCUGGCUCCUGGGCUUCCGCAUCCGCAGGAACCCCGUCACCGUCUACAUCCUCAACCUGGCCAUCUCUGACUUCACCUUCCUCCUCUUCAUGCUCACCUCAUCCUUCCUCUACGUGUUGGAUAACGUCAACUGCUCUACUGCCUUCUUCAAGUACCUACAGCUUCUUUUCCUGCUCUCACUCUUCUGCUACAACACGGGCCUGUAUCUCCUCACAGCCAUCAGCAUCGAGAGGUGUGUGUCCGUCCUCUGCUCCAGCAACAGCCGCCCCCAGUGGCUGUCAGCGGUGGUGUGUGCCCUGCUCUGGGCCCUCUCCAUCGCUGUUAUUGCUGCAGUGUCUUCUCUGUGCCUGGCACACGAGCAGGAGUCCUGCCAGGUGGCUCUCAUCUCCAUGUACGCCCUCGACUUCUUCAUCUUUGCCCCAUCCAUGGUCGUUUCCAAUGUGCUCCUCUUCUUUAAAGUCCUCUGUGUCUCCCAGGGUCCCCAGCCCAAGAGACUCUACAUCGUCAUCUCCCUCACUGUCCUCUUCUUCCUCCUCUUCGCUCUUCCCCUCAGCAUCUGGAAUUUCCUGCAGCAGUUUGGCUACUUCCUCGUGCCCACCCAGGUGGUUUUCCUGCUUGCCUGCAUCAACAGCAGCAUCAAUCCCUUCAUCUACUUCUUGGUGGGCAGCUGCCAGAAGCGCUGCUCCUUGGUGUCCCUCCAGGUGGCAUUCCAGAGGGUCUUUGAGGAGGAAGAAGACAUCACAGUCUGCAGCACUGGUACCACCAUGGAUAUGCUGGGCCCAUCCUUUUGA